AGGUGAGAAAAGUUUGUUUAAAAAGGGGCCAACUUCCCAAAAUGUCUUCACUUGUUUCGGUCAGGACUUUGGGAACGCGUCAAUUCGCCAAUUUUUAAAAUUUUGAUAAAGAAAUCAUGAAGAUUUUUGUGGUGAUUGCUACCUUGGUGGCUGCGGCGUGUGCCCAGUACGAUUAUACACCUCCGCAAAGAGGGUUUAACGCUGGAGGAGGAGGAACGACGGAACGACCGAUUUAUGGUGUGCCAAAUCACACGCCUGGAGAACCGAUUGGUCCUUCUUCUUCGCAACCAGCUUUAGCACCACCAGUUCAGGCUGCUCCGGCCCAUCAGAAUGGCGGUGGUUAUCAGCAACAACAAGAAUCAGCUCCAGCUUUCACUCAGCCACAGGUUUCUGCCCCAACUUUCUCCCACCAAGCCCCAACUUUCUCUCAGCAAUCAGCUCCAGCUUUCUCCCAGCAAUCUGCCCCCACUUUCUCCCACCAAUCCGCCCCCACUUUCUCCCAACAAGCCCCAUCCUUCUCUCAGGCACCAGCUCAACAACAGGAACAACAGGCUGAAUCUUACACCUCAAAAGUGUACCGACAUGUGUACGUCCACUCCGCCCCUGAUGAGGCUCCAGACCACCAAGCCCGAACCAUCCGAGUUCCCGGAGGAGACAAACACGUCAACAUCAUCUUCGUCAAGACUCCAUCCACCUCUUCCUCCCACCAAACCGAAGUCAUCCUCCCAGAACAGGACGAGCACAAGAACUUGGUCUACGUUCUCUUGAAAAAAGGUGAAAACACGGCCGAUGUCAAGAUUCGUAAACCUGCCGCAGCUCCACAACCCAAGCCACAAGUUUAUUUCAUCCGUUAUGGAGCUCAGGAUAAGCAGAAUGGGGGUGGUUAUCAACAACAGCAGCAACAACCUCAACCACAACAACCUCAACAGCAGCAACAACAACAAUCUGGAGGUCAAGGGGGCUACCAGCAACAACAAUCCUCAUCUGGAGGUCAUGGGGGUCAAGGAGGUCAAGGGGGCUACCAGCAACAAGGAGCCCCUCUGGGAAGCAUCCGCGUUCCAAACCCAAUCCGCACCCCUGCCGAUGUUCCGUCCAGCGGAUACGGACUUCCUCUCUAAAAAUGCAACAGUCCUCCUCCUCGUUCUCGUCACUAUUUAUUUAUUCCAUGCCAAAUAAGCUCCACCAGUAUUUAUUUUUGAUGAUGUAAUUUGCAAACUGUUUUACGCAAAUUUUUACAUGUUUAUCAAAUCUAAAAAAUUUAUGAAAUGUGCAUUUAUGUUGCAGUUCCUAAUUUAAUAAAAGUCUGUCCUCUUGCUUCCGUUACAUAUGAAUAAAGUCAAUUUCUGUCGCCUAAA